UUCCUCUUCAAUUUGUCUGAUAAGUGAACUUCAAAUGGAACCUCUCCACGUGCGGCAUCUCAACGUGCCCACUAUUUGGAGAGUUUGAAGCCUGCCCCUUAAGGAGAAGUUGAGCAUGUUGGCGUGGAACAGUCGGAAGGAGAUUUACCAGGCGGCUCUUCGGAUAGAGAGGGUUGACAUAGCUAUGCAUGAUGAAGAGAUACAGCGAGAGGGAAGCAAGAGAAAGGCAAGUAGCAUGCCAGAGUGGUCUGGCCAUCCCAAUCAGUACAGAAGGAGGCCGAGCGAUAUCGUUAGCUUUGGGGGUACGCAGAGUCAGACCGGCUCGGUCCGGUCUGGUCAAACUUUCAACAACAGAGGUCUCUGCAACCAGUGUGGGCAGGAUCACUCAGGGGAGUGUAGGCAUCCCCCCAUGGUCUGCUAUAACUGUAACGAGACUGGGCAUUUUGCCAGAGAACGCCCAUGGAGAGGCGGACAAGGGAUGGCUCAGUCUGAGCAUUCUGUCUGGGGUGGUGGAACGAGGACUCACGCAGGACCACGGUUUGGCGGCCAACCAAACUGCUCCUUCCAGAGCCAGGGAGGACGCAUCGCGCGGUUCGAUCGCAUUGAUCGGGAUAGAGACUAGGGGCCUCCAGUAGGAGGACAGCUGAUGGUAUUUGCCAUGCGAGGGAUAGAGGGAGAUCGUGGUGAAAGUGGAGGGGACGAGCAAGCACAUUGAUGUGAUCAUGUGAAGAAAUGGGGAGACUGUGG